ACUUGUAUCUCAAUAGGACGUUAACAGUGCGAGAGGAGAUCAAUGAGUUGAAGUAUCAUUCUGGGAGCCCGGAGUAAAUCAGUGGGAGUUUCACAAAACCCGGAAAAAGAAGGUCAACAACUCAAUACUGGAAAAGGUGCCAGUGAUUGAAUCAUGGAUCCCAAUUUCCAGACCACCGUCCGUAGUCGUAGCUUGCGUAGCUUCGUGACGAGAGAGCGCCUCUUUUCCGCCUCCUCUAAUAUAUAUAUAAGCCCACUGCCCGCCGUUUCUUUGUCUGAACGAAUUCCGCCUAGCUUAUUUAUCAGAUUGAGUGCAAACUAGUUUUUGAUCGGAGUUCACAGUUUCGUCAGUGAAUGGCGGCGAAGGGGAAGCACGGACGGUGGCAGCUGAGGAGAACGUCUCCAUCCUGGCCGACGGUCUUUACCGCGCUGAUAAUGGUUGCGUUUUUCGUUUUAAUUCUCAUCACUUUGAGAAUUCUCUCGGCUUCAAGGGAUUCUCAGGAAGUUCUCAAUCUCAGAUCAAUCGCGCGCACGGUCUUGGAAAGAGACGUUAACAGUGCAAAAGGAGAUCAAUGGGUUGAAGUGAUAUCCUGGGAGCCUAGGGCCUUUAUCUAUCACAAUUUCUUGUCAAAGGAUGAAUGCGAAUAUCUAAUUAAUCGUGCCAAGCCCUAUAUGGAAAAAUCAACAGUUGUUGACAAUGAAACUGGGAAGAGCAAAGACAGCAGGGUGCGUACAAGCUCGGGAACCUUUCUUGCUAGAGAAGGUAACCAAAUAAUCAGUAACAUUGAAAAAAGAAUUGCAGAUUUCACCUUCAUACCUGUAGAGAACGGUGAAGGCCUUCAAGUUCUCCACUAUGAAGUGGGCCAGAAGUAUGAACCACACUAUGAUUACUUCGCUGAUGAGUAUAAUACCAAGAACGGGGGCCAACGAGUUGCUACCCUUCUCAUGUACCUGUCUGAUGUUGAAGAAGGAGGAGAGACAUUAUUCCCUGCUGCAGGGGGGAAUAUCAGUGCUGUUCCAUGGUGGAAUGAACUAUCUGAAUGUGGAAAGCGUGGACUUUCUGUUAAACCAAAGAUGGGUGACGCAUUGCUUUUCUGGAGCAUGAAACCGGAUGGGUACCCAGAUCAAUCGAGUUUGCAUGGUUCUUGCCCUGUCAUAAAGGGAAACAAGUGGUCAAGUACAAAAUGGAUGCGUUUUAAAGAAUACGAAGUUUAAGCUCUGUUAAUGGUUGGGAAGUAAAUUUUGGUCGAGAUAUGCUGUUCAAUGACCUAUACGUCUAUAGUUGUAUCAAGGGAUGCAUGUCCUCAACCCUGAUUUUUUUACUGCAGCAUACCAGCAAUAGGGUAGUAAAUGUAAUGGAAACAGACACCGAUACAGAUAUAUAUUACUAGGAC